GUCUGCGCGUUUGCACCGAGUAGCUGCCGUUCUUCGCUGUUUGUGAUUUCAGCCCGGGGCGCGCCCUGCUUUCCUCCUUCCCUUCGUUGCUGGCAGUGCUGUGCACCUUACGCGGAGGCUGAAUGACGGGCUCGUGUCCGGCCAGCAGCUGUUUGGGACUCUCAGGGAGCUGAGCCUCUGCCGAGAAGAGAUUGGCAGCGAGGCACCCUCAGUCAAGGCUUGUGGAUCUCUAGGGACGGCCCCGCCCCCCGGGGGGACCGUUUGGGGGGGGCCAUGUUUGCCAACUCGAGCCACAGCACUCUAAACAACACCACUCAGAGGGAUGAAGCGUGGAUGGUGGGCUUGGGCAUUGUCAUGUCCACUAUAGUCCUGGCCAUUGUCUUUGGCAACGUGCUGGUCAUCACAGCUAUAGCCAGGUUCCAGCGUUUGCAGACUGUCACUAAUUACUUCAUCACAUCGCUGGCUUGUGCUGAUCUGGUUAUGGGGCUGGCCGUAGUGCCUUUUGGUGCCAGUCACAUCCUCAUGGAAAUGUGGACCUUUGGGAACUUUUGGUGUGAGUUCUGGACUUCCAUUGAUGUUCUGUGUGUCACAGCUAGCAUCGAGACCCUCUGUGUUAUUGCUGUGGACCGCUACUUCGCCAUCACAGCACCCUUUCGAUACCAGAGCCUGCUUACCAAGGGCAAGGCCAGAGUGGUCAUCCUAGUGGUCUGGGUAGUUUCCGCGCUCACCUCCUUUCUGCCCAUUCAGAUGCACUGGUACCGUGCCAGUCAUGAGGAAGCUCUCAGGUGUUAUGAGAAAGAGACCUGCUGUGACUUCUUCACUAACCAGGCAUAUGCCAUUGCUUCUUCUAUUGUGUCUUUCUACCUGCCUCUGGUUGUCAUGGUAUUUGUGUACUCCCGGGUCUUCCAGGUGGCCAAGAAGCAACUUCAGAAGAUAGAUAAGUCAGAGGGCCGCUUUCAUGUCCAGAACAGCAGCCAGAUGGAGCAGAAUGGAAGGACCAGUCACCGAAGAUCUUCCAAGUUCUGCUUGAAGGAACAUAAAGCUCUUAAGACCUUGGGUAUCAUCAUGGGGACCUUUACCCUUUGUUGGCUGCCCUUCUUCAUCGUCAACAUUGUCCAUGUGAUACAGGACAACAUCGUCCCCAAAUACGUAUACAUUUUUCUGAACUGGGUGGGUUAUGCCAACUCAGCCUUCAACCCGCUCAUCUACUGCAGGAGCCCCGACUUCAGGUAUGCCUUUCAGGAGCUCCUUUGUUUCAGGAGGUCAUCCUUGAAGCUCUAUGGAAAUGGCUAUUCCAGCAACAGCAAUGGGAGAAGUGAACACAAUGGGGAACAUGGGAACUAUCAUACUGAGCAGGAGAAGGAGAUGGAGAUGCUGUAUGAAGACCUUCCAGGCACUGAGGACUUUUUGAACUGUGCAGGUACUGUGCCUAAUGCUAGCGCCGACUUAGAGAUCCAGGAUCAGACUCUUGAUGAUACCCCCUUGUGACUAUUUCUCUGGUUGGUAAAAGCCCUCAGCAAACCAAGCAAGGUGGGGGAAAACAAUUAAUAAAACAAUAACCACCACAAUCCCCCCCCAAAAAAAUGCAACAAAAAAUCCCAUCAUAAACUUCCAAACACUAAGCCUUCUCUAACUUGUGAGCUAGAAAUGUCUACACAACCAGUAGAGAGACGGGCAGGGGGGAGGAGAACUGUCUUUGGCUAUUUAUUGGUUUUUUUAAGUUAUCAAGACACCAAACAACUCACCCACUCUUUCUAAGGAUUCCUCAUUUCUUAACAGUUGGAUUCUGCCUGGAAUGGAAUUUGGAAAGGUUUCUCCUACUUCAAGGGUCUCAGGCUUUGAGGACCUGAAUCUAGUUUGAAUGGCUUUUUUAUAGAUCUACCUCAUUUGUCAAGUAUUAGGGUUAGGUAUUACUUGGGACUUCUAUCUGGAGAAGCAAGCCUUCCCUUCUGGGCCUCGUGGAUGCUCCAGCUGGACCUGGCUGUCAAAGUGGAUUUGUCUCCUCCUCUUAUUUGCUCACAUGGGCUAUUGGAGGCUGGGACCCAGAAGGGUCAGCUUCUGCUGUUGAAUGAGCAAAGUCUAAAGUUUACAGUAAAUAAAUUGUUUUGCUGUGACAUCAUUGCACCUGUUUGUCCAAAACCCCCAGCGGAACGUUCUUGUUGGAAACCACAGGGACCCCAGACCAUCCUGGGACAGUGGAAAGCUGAAUGGGUUGUAUUUUCUCGUCCUUUCCUGGGAGAGCAAGCACUGACCCUAGGGACUGCUACCUCGUGGUGCUGCCUACCUCCAGGUCCAUGCCUACAGUGACUUCCUUUCUGCCACUGGAAAGAUAACAGAAGAACUCAGGAUCUGAAGGCAAAGGAGCAAUGAGCCAUGGAAGGAGAUAAUCUGGAAGGAACAGAGCCCAGCACGAACCAGGAGAUGAGGGGGGACCAGGAAGCUGCAAGGGGCUGCAGCCAGAGAUCUCCAAACCCCAAGGUCUCUAGGAAGGAGAAGAGGGUUAGUGUGGGCUUCCCGAUCCCACCUAACCCGAGGACAGUGACACAACGCCUCAACACUCUAGGGAUUUGAUUUCUUUAUUAUUAACAAGUUCAUGGGAGUCAGCUUGAACUGGCUCAUAAUGGGACUCAGGGGACAACCAGACCCAGAUGGGCUGUGUUGUCAAGUUUGAAAAAAAUAAUAAUCGUUUUAACAUAAAUGGAAGAAACAUUGAAACAGCUUAA